AGCACUUACAGGUGGGUGGCUGCUUUUGCUAAGUCAUCCUGGGGAUGCUCAAAGCCCCACUGUGAAAUUCUUCCUGGCUCCUCCUUCCUCAUUCCCACUUUAAUAGACCCUCAGGUACGCUCACACCACUCUGCCACUCACUCUGCACUUCCACCAUGGCUUACAUUGCCAAGUCCUUCUACGACCUCAGUGCUAUCAGCCUGGACGGGGAGAAGGUAGAUUUCAACACAUUCCGAGGCAGGGCAGUGCUGAUUGAGAAUGUGGCCUCGCUCUGAGGCACAACCACCCGGGACUUCACCCAACUCAACGAGCUGCAAUGCCGCUUUCCCAGGCGCCUGGUGGUUCUUGGCUUCCCUUGCAACCAAUUUGGACAUCAGGAGAACUGUCAGAAUGAGGAGAUCCUGAACAGCCUCAAGUACGUCCGCCCUGGGGGUGGAUUCCAGCCCACCUUUACCCUUAUCCAGAAGUGUGACGUGAAUGGUCAGAAUGAGCAUCCUGUCUUCGCCUACCUGAAGGACAAGCUGCCCUACCCUUAUGACGACCCGUUUUCCCUCAUGACUGAUCCCAAGUUCAUCAUCUGGAGCCCUGUGCGCCGCUCAGAUGUGUCCUGGAACUUUGAGAAGUUCCUCAUCGGGCCAGAGGGGGAGCCCUUCCGACGCUACAGUCGCACCUUCCCCACCAUCAACAUCGAGCCUGACAUCAAGCGCCUCCUCAAAGUUGCCAUAUAAACACUGACCGCUCAGCACACAGAUCUCCUACUUCCUCCUGCCCCUGAGUAUCCAUCCUUAGCAUUCAGUGU